AUCACAGCUUCCCCUGCUGGUCACGUCGUUUCUCCGCCGCCCCCCCUCUACCGUCCCCGGCGGCCGGCCGGGCGUCGCGUCCGUUCGCCCUCGGCCAUGGCGGCGCCGGACAAGCCGGGGCGGCCGCUGCCCAAGUUCGGGGAGUGGGACGUGAAGAACCCGGCGACGGCCGAGGGCUUCACCGUCAUAUUCCAGAAAGCCCGCGACGACAAGAAGACGUCCGGCCCCGGGCACAUGCAGGCGGGCAUACCGCCGGCCUUCAGGGCCGACCACGGCGGCGCCGGCGACGGCGGGCACAGGUCCGGCGGCAGCCACCAGGACAACACGCCGCCCAAGCGCGUCAAGAGGAAGUGGGCCUUCUGUGGCUGCUGAUUCAAUGCUCUCUGCUGCUGCUGCCGCCGCCGCCGUUGAUCAAAAACAAAAAGGGGGAGACCGUGAAUCGUGCCGCACCGGAAGCGAAUACAUGAUGGGGGGCGCCGGGGCAGACGAGAAAACAUUUGGGCCGUGGUGUUUCGUCUUGUUCCAACCUUUUGCUCAUCUCGACCUAGGAACAAAAUGGCUUGUGAUGUAACAUCAUUCAACUUUAUUAGCCUCGGCUGCAAGAGUUCACGCUGAAUCUGUCGCGUCAAUUGUUUCUUGGCUGCCCGUAUUUGCGGAAAACUCAGAUCACCUGGCCUGCAAGCAAAAACACAACAGCAUGGCUUGCCAACCUGA